UAAAGACUCAUGAGACAAAUAGUAAAAACAAAACAUAGAAAAUUACGGAACAAUAUCUUUUAACAUAAACAUAAACAUAUAUACUUAUCAACACCAUAUUCUGCCGUAGCGACUAAGGGAAGAGGAUUAUGGAUUCCGAGGACUACUAUAUGGAAUCUGGAGACGAAGAUCUUUACAGCGACGGUGCAGAUGAUUACAACGACAGUGAUGAUAAAGAUGUAAGUUUCCUCGUGGAUGAGGAUGACGAUUCCUCAACGAUCUCCUCGCCUCGCUCCAAUAUAAAUUAUGUCGUUCUCAAGGAAGAAGAUAUACGCAGAAAGCAGGAGAAUGAUAUUGCACAGGUUUCUUUGGUACUCUCUCUAAGCAAGGUCGAAGCUAGUGUUCUGCUUCUUCACUAUCACUGGAAUGUUAGUAAAGUUAAUGAUGAAUGGUUUGCUGAUGAGAAUAGAGUUCGGACAAGUGCUGGCUUGGAAAGAGGAUCUGUUGUGGUUCCAUAUUCUGCAGGCGAGAAACUUAUGUGUGGAAUAUGCUUUGACGACUUCUACCCUGUACAUAUUGUACCGAUUGUGUGUGGUCAUGGUUUUUGUUCUACCUGUUGGACGGGUUACAUCACCACAGCCAUCAACGAUGGACCAGGAUGUUUGUUGCAAAAAUGUCCUGAGCCAUCUUGUCGAGUUGCUGUUGGACGAGACAUGGUGGAGAAACUGGUUUCCGUUGAAGCCAAGGAAACGUAUGAUAGGUAUUUUCUUAGAUCUUAUGUGGAAGAAAGCAAAAAGACCAAGUGGUGUCCUGCUCCAGGAUGUGAGCAUGCGGUUGAGUUUUCUUCCACUGGGACUGGAAGAAGUUACGAUGUUUCGUGCUUGUGUUCACAUAGCUUCUGCUGGAACUGCACUGAAGACGCUCACCGUCCUGUGGAUUGCGACACAGUUUCACAAUGGGUACUCAAAAACAGCGCUGAAGCUGAAAACACCAACUGGAUACUUGCCAAUUCCAAGGGUUGCCCCAAGUGUAAGCGUCCAAUUGAAAAGAACCAUGGGUGCAUGCACAUGACAUGCACACCACCUUGCAGACAUGAGUUUUGUUGGCUUUGCCUUGGCGCAUGGUCUAGUCACGGGGAAGCAACUGGCGGGUUUUAUGCAUGCAACGGGUAUUCGAAGGCUAAGGCACAAGGACUGUAUGAUGAGGCUGAAAACAAGCGAGAGAUGGCAAAGCACUCGCUCGAGAAAUACACUCAUUAUUAUGAGCGAUGGGCAGGUAAUCAAACGUCGAGGCAAAAAGCUAUUGGGGAUCUGGAGAAGUUCUUAUCAGAGGAUGUUAUGAUGCUUAGUGACAAACAAUGCAUACCAGAAACUGAGCUCGGGUUCAUCGAAGAUGCGUGGCGUCAGAUCAUUGAAUGCAGAAGGGUGCUGAAAUGGACAUAUGCAUAUGGGUAUUAUCUACUCGAAUCUGAACAAGAAAAGAGACAGUUUUUCGAGUAUAUGCAAGGGGAGGCUGAGUCUGGUUUGGAGAGGCUCCACAAAUGCGUAGAGAAGGAAACAGAGGUGUUUCAAUAUUCUGAAGACACUCCAAAUCAAGACUUCAAGGGUUUUCGGACAAAACUAACUACUUUGACUAGUGUAACCAAAACUCACUUUGAAACUCUGGUGAAAGCUCUGGAGAAUGAUCUUUCUGAUGUUGGAUUCGCAAGCGGUGUUGAGGUAACUACUUUAGCUCUUUGA